GCAUUGACAAGUUUCUCAUUUGAUUAACUUUUGUUCACACUGCAAAUAGUCUUUUUAGCCUCAGUCCCCAAAGUCAAGGCCCGAACAUUCUCAAAAGGCCAGCCCAAUUACGAAAUUGAGUUUUGGAAAGCCCCGUCGGGACACUGUUGGUGCCAAAUCAGGUUCGGUUUCUGUUUAGCGCUCUGCGCAUACUCCAUUCUAUUCCAGUCCCGUGACGUUAUGACUCGGUGGCGAAAUGCAUUGCAAUGUGUGUAGGAUCUCUGACACAAACAUGUACUGACAUCACGUUCACGUCCUCAUUUGGCAUGUGACUGCCUCUGACGAGGUAGAUGUCUGUUGGAAAACAAUUUCACGACAUGUUUUGAACUGGAUAUUGUGCAAAUCAUCACUGACCACCAGGACAUAACAGUAGGAAUUAAUGAUCUGGACAAGUUUAGGACAAUGGCCGAAGCCCCGCCAUGGUUGAAUGCCAUCAGUCAAAACACUGGAAUGCUACCAGUCAAGGGACAGAUGACUUACAAGGAUCCGGUAACUGGUCUCGAGUACAAGAUCAAGGUGAAAGACCCCUCGGCCGGAAGGUUUCGCAGGAAGAAAAAGAAAAAAGAGCGUUCAGUUUCCGACUGCUAUGAAUACCUGGAUAGACCGCUUCCAACAGUGCCAAGAAAUGCCGGAUCCCGUACCACCGAUGAUAUAGAACCAUUGGAGCUGGACUCGAACAGCGACUUCGAAGAUCCUGUUUACCAGCCGUUCCCCGCAGUGGAGGAUCAAGGGUUGGUUGAUGGUGCUCCCAAACCAGGCCAACGCGUCACCUGCUCAGGCCCGGAAAACAGGGCCCCGGUUUACGGUAACGUAAAUCCAGAUGACAGGUGGAGUCCAGCCGCUGUGGGAGAUGCACCAGAACCGAUGUACGACUCCCUACCGGAGUCCAACUGCCUCGGUGACUCGGAUAACGACAGCUACGGCAAGGAGUCGGAUGAGGUGUACGUGAGACUGAAAGCCGUGCAAAAACAGCAAAUGAUGUUGAAGGAUUGUCCCACUAGCGAAUGAGUGUGAGAACAGUCCACGUUAUUUUUUUUCCCCGUACAAUCACUGAGAAGUCCAAUAUUCUUUCUUCACCAUGUUGAUAGGAAUCGACUAUGGUUGUACAGUUUGAACCCGAUAUAGAUCAUCAACUUUAAUCGAAAACCCAAAAGGAACUUUAAAGAUCAAUGAUGUAAAUGUUGUAUCCUAUUUUUGUGCACACACGUCUCGAAAGAUACUUUAACAUUAUGAUGCAAUUAUAUGGAGAUCAGUCCAGAUAUAAUAUCACGAGGCUUAUCUGUGUAACUCUGUGAUCCUAAAAUGAUAGCUACAGAAAAGAGUUUGACAAAGUGUUCACGACCAUCACUAAUUAUCGCGUGCAUUGCCAUUAAAUGACGUAACUAGUGUCCUGAGGUACUUUGAGCUUCAUUUUCUUGAGGUGCCACAAGCACCCUAUGCAACCUGUCAAAAUUUCAAGAAUAUAAAUCUAUCAAUUUCGGUCUCUUGUUAGAAUGUGACAAAGAUGUCACAUCUUGUUUACAUGUGCGUCUUUUCAGGGGGAGCAGUAGGGACGAGAACCACCAAGCUCCCGUAAUUGUUAUCUUUGUGCAUAUUUUCUGAGUCGGGGUCUUGGAAGAGACAGAUGCCAUGUUGAAUGGCCUGUGGGAAUGCAUGAUAACUGAUUGCGUACAUCCAAAUACCCUAGGGUCGUCCACGAAAAGGUACCAUCAACUCUUCUAUGCCCCCCCCCCCGCCCCGUCAUGAAAAGCAUGACCGUGGCAGUGAACUUUAUCAUUCUAGUGUAAUAAAAGUAAACAUGUUUUACGCUUGUAUAAUAUUGCUGAUUGAAGAAAAAAAUGUUGUUCAUACAAUAUUUGAGAAAUUAAUAACUCAUAUUUGAAUAUAGGUGGUUUGUAUUUUGUUUUAAAUAUAAAACUUAAGUAAGAUUAUCAAUCAAGUGCUUAUAUAGCUAAUUGUCUCCACUAUUGGAUUGUUAAAAAGUACUUUAUAGGAUUUGUCAUGUUCUAGUAUGCAGAGGGCUUGGACUGAUCAGAACUUUCACUGACAUUGGUUUGAGUGCUUCGCAUUUUUUUUAUUUUGUUCUGAUGACAGUUUCCGUCAAGGUAAACACGGUAUUUUUUGGUUUUGGUUUAGCGGUAAAGUUCUUAUAUUUUGAGGAGUAAUUCCAAAUAUGUAAAACAAAAAUACUUUAUAUAAUGAUCGUUCUGUAAAUCGUGGGUGUGAACUUCCAAUGCCAUUAUUAGUGAAAAGAGUUAAACAAAAAGUUGAAGCUGACAAAUGACAUCCUUCUGUACGCUCUCCUUGUGAUAGAAACAAGUCUAGAUUCUUACCAAUUCCAGUAAAGCAGUCUCUUAUAUCACUAUUUCGUCGCAAAUAAAAUGUUGUAAAGUGAAGAGUUAUUGAAAUGUAUACAUGAAGCUCUGCGAAAAUUAUGUAAAGACAAAAAAAAUCAUCAAGGCCCUAAUACUUGAAAAAAAUACCAAAUGUAUACUGUUAUAAUUUCCCUGGAAUGUUUGAAAACAACACUUGGAAAAGUCCUCUUUGUCCUAAACUCAAGUAUAAAGCUCCAGAUGUGUACCUAGCACCAUUAUACUCCAAGCGAAAAUGGAGGAAUAACGAUUGGAAUUGUUGUUUAAAUCGAAAAAAAGAAUGACUUCGUGCCAUUGUCUGCGGUGCCAUUGUCUGCGGUGUCGCAACAAUAGUCGGUGGUUCGCGGACUUACCGUCAGAAGUAAAAUUUGCUAGCAGCUCCGAUCAGAUCAGAGAAAUUUAGGGAGCCGCUUUUAUAUCAAUCUAAGUCAAGACACAUACCCCACAUGGAUAUAAACUACCCCGUUAGGUUGAAAAGCAUUUGGGCGAAUAUGACAUAAUUUCGAGCUGACUGCAGAUUAAAAAUAUAAAAGAUUAAUUUAGUACACGUCCUUAGUCUCAUACUGUUUUCUCAUUGUUUGCCAGUACCACCUUUCCAUGAAACCAUUCUUUGGGGAAAUAUACAUUUUUUGUCUCGGUCCUUUCGAUUUUGUUUUGCUAGUAGAUAAUCCAAUUUUUCUGUUUAUUCAUGCCAUUAUACUCAUCGAUGGGGUCCCUGUUCACUUGUGUUUUAUGAAAUUUUAAUAAAACUUAAUUGGAUCAGAAAUGCCUGUAGGUACCUCCUGGGUUCGUCUAUGUAUUUCGUUCUUUAAGUACAGUAAGAAUCAUCAAUAACAACGAAGAUUAUUUGUUAACGUAUUAUGCCAAUUUUCAUCGAAUAUAUGCAAAUUUGGUAUCAAAAUAAUAAGAAUUGCAUGCUCAAAUCAACUCUUUUGAUCCAAAAUUGUUUGCCAGUACCACCUUUCCAUGAAACCAUUCUUUGGGGAAAUAUACAUUUUUUGUCUCGGUCCUUUCGAUUUUGUUUUGCUAGUAGAUAAUCCAAUAUUUCUGUUUAUUCAUGCCAUUAUACUCGUCGAUGAGGAGGUACCUGUUCACUUGUGUUUUAUGAAAUCGUAAUAAAACUUAAUUGGAUCAGAAAUGCAUGUAAGUACCUCCUGGGUUCGUCUAUGUAUUGCGUUCUUUAAGUACAGUAAGAAUCCUCAAUAACAACGAAGAUUAUUCGUUAACGUAUUUUACAAUAAA